UUGUCUCCAAGUUCAGGAGCAAGUGAUACUGUCUCAUUAUGCAUUUCGGAUCAGGACACUGAAAGCGAUAAGCUAUCGAUAGUUUCCGAAGCUGAUAGCGGCGUGGUGGUUUUUGGAAAAAAUUCCCGGCCGUCAUCGUUAAUCGGCUCAGCAGCAUUGCAUUCCUCUCCAUCCAUCUCACUCGGAAGUAAUCGAGCACCUCCAAUCUUGACCCCGUCCACCUCAGGUUGCAUUGUUAUUUGUAAAGUAUGCUACAAGCCAACUGUUUUUCCCGAUGAACAAACUGUCGUAUUAAUGCCGCUUAAUACUGCACUGGUCAACGUCAUUAACAGGUACUUGUCGGGUAAUGUCUCUACACGUGACAAAAGCGCUGGCAGCAGUGAGCAAAUUUAUAAUUGUCAGGUGGGACUUUUUGCCUUUUGCAUCUUUUUACAUCAUGAAUGCAACGAAAACACGUCACGACGAGGUCACUUACGUGUAGCAAUCUGCCCUUCUCUACUACCACAUGAUCCAACUCAGGCACUGCAAAAGCUGGAAAAUCGAGGAACAUUGGACUAG